AUGCUCGUGCGCACAACGGCUGCAUUGGCCGCCGCCUUUGUCAUGUUUGCUGUCUACGGCGCCUCGGUCAUUGCCCUUGUCGCCGCUUUCGGCAGCGACCUCCUCGUGUUGCCGAACGCCGUCUCGGUAAGCGUGGUCGUCAUCGCCGUGAGCGUCUUCGGUCUCGGGCAUCUUGCGUGGACCCGCAGAGCACCUUCAUUGCCGCUUUGCCUCGUCCUCCUCGUGCUCGAGAUGGCUUGUUGCAGCGCGCUGCUGAUGGCCGCAGUGAACGGCGUCUCGAUGACCAUCAAGGCGACCGAGAAGGCGCCCACGCUCACGGCAUACCAGCAACAGAUCGAGGCGUUCGUCGCCUCGGUGCCGCAUCGGCCGAUCGAUUUCUACGCGACGGUUCUGCGCGCAGCAGGCGUGGUGUCCAGUCCCAUGCGAGCCCUGACAAGUGACGCGUACCCUCUCGAGGCCGCAAGAGCGUUUGCCGAGGCGUACUGUGUGAGCGACCGCACGUGCAGCGACGUGCCGCUCAUCGACACCCUACUCUUCUCCGAUGUGUGGCCAAAUGAAAACGUCAUGGCUGGGAUCACGCGUGCCCUCUCGAUGAACAUGACGGUGACGUCGACGACGACGCUCGAGCGCUUUUGCGCAGACGUGAAGCUACCGCCGAUAGUUCUUGAGACCGCUGCGAGGGACCACGUGACGUCUUUUAUCAGCGAUGUUUCGCAUCUCUGCGCUGGCUGCGCCGCCCUCACAAAGCUCUCAACCAGCCGAUUGUCGGCGUGGAUCGACGCGACGUGCCCGAGGACAGCGUCAUUUGGCGCCUUUUGCAUCGACUCUGCCGCCUGCAUGGCAGAUGGACAAACCACCGGCAGCGGCUGCGCGUCACUCGUCAAGUCCAAAUACUUGCACCCAGCGUACGACGCGUGCUUUGGUCGCACGCUCAUGUUGGCAGCGCGCACGUCUGACGCGACGAUCGUCAUUGGCUCGAUGGUCCUUUUGCUUCUCUCGCUGCUGCUCACGGCGCGGUUGUGGGUGUGCAUCGAGACGCACCGACGCACGUCCAUGGGCGAGACACGGUGCAGCGUCCAAUAUAGCUUAGACUACUAGUUACCGCGUACUAGUAUUCGAUAUAAAGACAAAGAGUACAACAUAAACGAG